AUGCCAAAGACCAAGCGCAAUCCAUACCUCUCCCCCAAAGAGAUCCAAUUGACACUCGCAGCACCAUUAGCACUCUACGAGUCCGAAUACCCUGCUGAGGAAGAGCUCAAGGUCGUGGAACUUCUUUGCCGGAACCCUCGACUACAAGAGCUCACCAUCAAGAAUGCCUGGAAGCUGGUGCGACAUUUCGAUCAUCGAGCUCUCCAGUUUCUUCGCACCUCAAGGCUUCGAUUUCUGGACAUUGGACAUCUGGAGCACUCCAAAGUCGCCAUGACACAGGAUAUCUUAGGUAACUGUCCGGACACACUGGAGGAGCUUCGGCUUGACCUGACGGGUGGCUACAAUGGCCUCGACGGCCCACUGCGACUCGAUGCACGAGCGGGUGCUACCCCACGGACACUGCCCAGCCUCCGCCUCCUCUCCGUGAGUUGUCCAAGACUCGACACCCAGCUGGAGAUUGUUGUGUGCUACUUGAUCCAGUCUUGUCCAAGCCUACAAAAACUGAAUCUGAACCAACUACGCCUGCAGACCCAGAUGACGACAUCCAACAUCUUUGGUGCCAUUAUCGACAGCUGCCCUGCUCUCACCUCGCUCGAUAUGGGUCGCACGGAAAUCUCGGGGAUCGACAUGCUCGCCUUUAUCGGACGGUAUUCAAAAAUACGUAGCCUCCAAAUGUGCAUCCAGCCUGAUCGUCUGAGGGGCGUCAUCCGCAGUCUUUCCCGACGAUACAAUUCCACCCUGCAGGUGCUCCGCAUCAACACCAACAAUCUUCCUCCGAAUAACCAUGGAUUCAUUUCCAUGAUCCUGAGUCACUGUUCUGCCCUCAAGACACUUUCCCUCGACCAAGAUCUAUCAAGUAGUCCAGGAGUAGACCUUAAAGAUCUUCUCGCCGUCAAAUGGGCGACCACCAGUCUUGAGAGUCUCUACCUGCCCAUGCGCGCACCAGUCCUUGAUAAGGGUCGCUUCUUGGAAGAGUGGAGACGAGAUCGAUGCACGUAUCUUGGUCAUGGCAACAUCGAGCCUGAGAGCGCCAUUGCGAGCUUCUACAGCCAAGUGCUUUUGGUGAAGCAGUUCUGUGAGACACUCCAGGCGCAGCCUAACCUGAGGAGCAUACAACUGAAGUGGAGAAACGGAUGGCUCGUGAUACCUCUGGAGUUUGCCGAGGAAUGUACCAAUGGGUACUUGACAAUCGAGAGACUGAGUUGGAUGACCCUCUACCUUAGUCCACUCUACGUGAUUGACAAGUUGGUUCGGGCGGCUGCGAAGAAGCAGGAGGAGGAAGACGAAGAGGCCAAGCUCAAGGAGAAGUUGAAAUCUUGCAACAUAUCCGUCGUCUAUGUCCGCCGACCACUAUUGCUUCACGCGGAGGGCGAGGAGAGGGAGGAGGUAGAAGAAGAAGAGAGUAACAAUGAUAGUUUGGACCUACUAUCGUCUUGGACGCCCGAGGACCAGGAAUACUCGGCCUACAAGUCGCGUCGAAAUCGAACAAGGCGACGACAAACGCAAGUCGCCAAAGCCGACCCCGAAUCUCACACCGCAUCUUCGGUAGACCAAGUCAUGCGUGACGACACCAUCGCGGAAUCAACAAAAGAAGAUGAACCCAUGGAAGAGGCCGUGGCGUCGGUACCUAAACUCCCGGUGACCCCGGUGAAGACUCGGAGGAGGCUUUCGGAAACCAAACUCGUCUGGGUCUUUGAUGACAAGUACCAGUGGUGGCCAGGGAAGAUUAAGCCAUAUCCUCCUCAGAACAAUCAAGCUAAAGUAACGAGGUUUGGUAGCGUCAAGCCAAAGACAAUCACAGUGGAGUGUGUAGAGACAAGUAUCUUGCCGUUUGAACACGUUUCAAAGGAGCGGUUCCGACAGUCUGGCUCGAUGUCGUCGCAUGUCCGUGCGUUCCAGGAUGCAUACAAGGAGGCAAGCGCUGAGCAACUCCAGGACGAUGAUGGUCUGCCGAGCAUGGACGAUGUGUUCAGUCAACUGUCAGCACUUCCGCCAACGUCCAAUUCACCCAGCCUGAAGGACACAGUCUGUCAAAAAACGACAAACCCAGUUAUUGAAUAUGUCCCGGACCCAAGCUUGACGAUACCCGGAGAGUUACUUCUUGCACAGGCUGAGCGGGGACAUUAUUAUCCAGGACGCAUUGAGUCUUUCAACAGCAAGACAAACAAAUACAAGAUCGAACUGGCAACUGGACACUACCCUUCUCUCGAGAGAAAACGGUUCUACACGAGAUACCAAAAGGAGUUUCUGACGUGUCAGCUAGGUGAAAUGACAAUGGCCGAGGUGGAUGAAAACUAUGAGGAUACAGAGCUCGAGUCAGAAGUCGUUGAUCUAUACCCUACACUCUAUGCGAUUGUUGCAGGAACUUACGACGAAGCAGGGCGGUUGAAGGCCUUUCUCCAAGGAGGAAACGCCAGGAACCAAUUGGCGCGGAGAGUCGGCCCUGGCGACUUUACUCAGAAUCAGUACAUGUUGCUCAGCCGGAUUCUUCAAUCAGAGUUCCUGCCAGAUUUAAACACCACCAAGCGGAUAUCCAGGUUAAUGGAGUAUAGUCCGUCUGCAGCAGGGACAGAGACAGGAGGAGAAGGAGGAUUUUCUCCUAUGAAACGCGACGGAGAUGUUACGUUUGCAUAUUCAGGGAUCAAGCGGGUGCAAUUUGUGACGGAAGUGCUUCUUCCCGAGACUGUGACGCGUCUGACGAUGCGGCGGAAGGGUAUGUCGUAUGCGGAAGCCGACAAGGAUGUGUUCAAGGCUGUUCGGUCGCGCAACACGGAUCACUAUUGGGUUGAAGACAUCCUUGCUGCAAGGGAGUCUUUUCUUGACGGCACUACAGUGUGA